AUGGCCGCAGCGGAUGCGGAGCCCGAGACGGGCGUGGGCCCGACGGCGACGCGCUGGCCCGUGCUCUUCGCCUUCAGCUUUCUGAGUGGCUUAAAUAACUUCAUGUGGAUCGAGUUCGCGCCGGUGCGGUCGGCGACGGCGAGCUACUACGCCGUCUCCGGCGACGACGUCGACUGGUUGAGCAUGAUCUACAUGGCGAUCUAUCCGUUGGUGUUCCUGCCCUGCUCCUUCUUCAUCGAAAAGGACGCGCGGUCGCUCCAGCGGGGCUUGCGCAUCAGCGCGGCCAUGAACUGCGCGGGCGCCGCGAUGCGCUGGGGCUCGUGCGCGUCGCACUCGUUCGCGCUCGUGUUCCUCGGCCAGACGGUCUGCGCCAUGGCCCAGGGCUUCAGCCUGGGCGCGCCGCCGCGCAUCGCGGCGCUCUGGUUCCCGGAGGCGGAGUGGGGGCUCGCGACGGGCAUCGGCGUCUUCGCGAACCAGCUCGGCCCCGCGGUGGCCUACUAUUUGGUGCCGGACGUCGUCACGGGCACGAACGGCGACGGCAUGAACGUGCUGCUCGAGGGGACUUUUUAUUGCACCAUCGCGGCCUUGGCCCUGGUCGUCGUCGCGAUCCCGGAGGCGCCCGCGCGACCGCCGUCGGCGCUCGCGGCGAAGCGCGACGAGACGGCCGCGCCGACGUUCAAGGCCUUCUGCCGCAACUGCGCGGACUUGUACCUGUCGCCGGUGACCGGCGCCGGCGUGAGCUUGUUGAGUCUGGGCUACGGCGCGGCCGUCGGCGUCUUAUACGCGCUGUCCACGGACCUCGAGGUGCUGCUCCCGGACCUCUCGACGCACGGCGUCUCCGUCGUCGGCGGCGCGUUCAUUUCCGCGGGGCUGCCGGGCGCGCUGGGCGGCGGCGCGAUCCUGGAUUUCAUGGUCGUGAAGCGGUUCCGCGGGCUGAACGUCGCCAUGGCCGCGGCGGGCGCGGUUGUCAUGGCCGGCAUCGCGCUCGACAGUGGCACGUCGGCGAUCACGGAUAUUUGUAUUCUCGUGUCCAUCCUGGGCUUUUUGCUCUCGACGAUCACGUCGGCCGGCUUCGAGUGGGGCGUCGAGCUGUCGUACCCAGCCUCGGAGUCCACCGUCGCGGGCGCUUUGAACGUCGCGGCGCAGACCGGCGGCAUCGCGCUGAUCUACGGCGUCGAGGGCCUGUCCAGCGAGCGCGUCCUCGCGAACGGCGUCCUCUGCCUCGCGCUGGUCUUCGCGGCCCUCGUGUUCAUCGCCGUCGGAUCGGAGCAGCGGCGGCAGGCGGCCCGGGGCCCCGUCGGCGAGGCCGCGCGACUCACGGAGCCCGCGGUCGCGGAGGCGACGAUCCUGUAA